UGAUAAAGGAUGUCAGGCGGCAACAUACACAUCAAUGGCAGUGUCCGUGAUUGGCGUUCUUAGCAACAGUCUUCUUAUCGUUGUUAUUGUUUUGGAUCCUCUGCUUAUUAUAAGACGUGGACCAUGGAUAACCAUUUUUAAUUUAGCCAUAGCCGAUUUUAUUGCUUCUCUUUCAAAGUUCUUAAUUCUUGGUUUGGGAUUUGCCUUUAAAAUCACAGUGCCAAAUGAAAUAAUGUUUUCCUGUUUUUACUUGUGGAUGCUUGGAGCGGCAGGAUCAUUUUUUCUUUUGACAUCACUUACAUGGCAGACAUACACCACUGCCAAACAUCCUAUGCACAGUCGACAGAUAUUAUCUACUAAGAAAAUUACCAUAUUGUGCGUUACAAUAUGGUUUGUGGCUGGUUGCCUUGCUUUAGGAGAAAUUUCACAUGAAAUUUUCGAUAUUUCGUUCGAUCAGGUGAUGCAUAUCUAUAUAACCGAAUAUGCCGUCUUAGAAUUUGCUGUUUUCCUCCAAAUUAUCAUGAAGUGUUUUAUCAUAAAGGAAGUAAUGCUAAGUCGACGAAAUGCAAAUAUGAAUGGACAACAACAGAACAGUAAACACAUUGAAAUUGCAAAGACAAUCGUCAUUCUGAAUAUAGUUUUAUUUGUAACUGCCUUUCCAUAUUUUGUCGCCAAACAAGUGGAAUUCAUCGAGAGAUUAGGGAAAAUACAGAGCAGCUAUGCUAGACACUUUGCAGAGCAUUAUGAACCAGUUGCCUUGUUGAAUUUUGCUCUCAAUCCAAUCUUAUACGCACUUAGGCUUACGAAUUAUCGUAACUCUCUUAAAUCAUUGUUUAAAUGCGUUCCAAUUUCUAAAGGUAAUAUGCACACAGGUAAUUCUUGUAAGACGACAAUGUUGUAAAUAAAAUGAAUAAUUCAAUUUGAUUUGUUGAGAAUUGAAUAACAAAACUUCGAUCAUAAUAUACGGAUUAAAAUGAGGAAUUUAAUCGUAACUAGUAGAAAUAUGAGUGAAAGUUAUCUUAAAAUCUGUUCUGAUAAUAUGUACAAGAGUAUCUUAAAUACGUAAUUUUGACUUUUUGAUAAAUGUAUUAUAAGCUCUUAAUAACCGAGCGUGAGGUCUUUACGAGAACGUUCUCGAUCUGUGAAAAUAACAGAGGCCCGAGAUUUUUCAUUAAAGACUCGGAAAAAGAGACGCGAAUAAAUUUAAUUUUAUUAUGCGGCAUAACUUAAUUUGAAACAAGAUUUCCUUUCCUUUUCAUCCUUGCUUUUUUGUAUAGGGGAUGGCUUUCGCUUCUUUAGUUUUCGUCAAUAAAAAAUACAUCGUCAUAAA